AUGACGGAAGUAUUACAUAUACGGUACGGCACGAAGAUUCUCAAUGGUUCGCUCGAAAUAAUGAACCUGCCUACACUGAUGGACAUUAUCUUAAGACGGGACAUGAUGAAGGGUCUGAGGUUAUACAUAGGGGGUAUCAAAUCACUUCUCGCAUAUAUCAACCCCGUGGAGCUUGAUAAACUACUGAAACCUAUACAACGUCGUCAGUCACCAAAUACAACGGAACCAGCUGACACUCGACAACGGUUGACAUCGGCGUUAGAGGCGAACGCAGCGAUUGCAGACAACGCACAAUGUCGCCUCGAGAGGAGUGAAGUAACGGUACCGGACACUACGCGUGAACAAGCCAUGAGCAUGCGCAGAUCCACACGUAAUUGCGUAUUGGACCGAUGGCUACCUUACGUCGACGAACAAGUACAGAAGUGA